AUGUUGACAACGACUGCUCUGUUGUUGGUCACAUUUGUCAAUGCCGACAAUUGUAUAUGUAUGGACAAUAGAGCAUAUUGUGGAUCACACUUUACAAAGACUUGUGGACUCAACUCAACAGACUUGUAUCAAUGUGUAACGAGGGGACAGCCUCCAGUGCGUAGAUUCAGUUGUCCAAAUGGAUGCCACAAGAGUGAUUCACAGUCUGCCUCAGACACUUGUGUGCCAGACGACAUAUCUUGCACAUGUCCAGACAAUGCCGAUCAUUGUGGUUCCGUGCUAGCCAAGCAGUCUGGCAAGGACUGCGCAUCCCUCGAUCCCAAUUCAUUGUACCAAUGUGAGGGCGAGGGAUUGUUCCCGUCAUGGAGGUGGACCUGUUCCACAGGCUGCAUAUCAAAUGGUCCAGGAGUGAAUGACACAUGUGAUAAGGGUGCCAGCAACGUUGUUGGACUUACCAAGAUCAAGCAUAUAGUCAUAUUCAUGCAAGAGAAUAGAGCAUUUGAUAAUUAUUAUGGCAUACUUGGAGGCGUGUGUAACUAUAAGGACCCAAAUGCAAUGGUCCAGGAUAAUGGCAACAGCAUAUUCUAUCAACCCGAUCCAAACUCACCGGACAAACAUAAUGGAGUGAACUCGUCAUUGCCAUGGAUGAUCACAGGACCCAAGGCCGGAUGCACAUUGGGCGGUUCAAACUUCUGGCAAGGCAAUCACGAUGCAUGGAACAAUGGAUCAAACAAUAACUGGCCAGUGGGCAACACGCCAAACUCACUUGGAUACCUUGCACCCUCAAACCUACCAUUUUAUUAUGAGUUGGCCAGUCAGUUCACCAUUGCUGACAAAUACUUUGAAUCAAUCAUGGGCUCGACCAACCCCAAUCGUCUCGUACUGUGGACGGAGAUAUUGGAGAAGGCUGGCAUCACAUGGCGUGUAUACCAGGACAUUGAUAAUUUUGAUGAUAAUGCCUUGGAGUGGUUUGAACAAUAUCAAAAGUCAACAAAGAUGUCACCAUUACGAGUCAAUGGUAUUGAUAAUUGGGGCCUCGAUUCAUUCUUUGGCCACGCGAUGAAUGGCACACUGCCACAGAUCUCAUGGGUCGUCGGACCAACUGAACUGUCCGAGCAUCCAGACAAUGGACCGAUGGCUGGCCAGUGGCUAACCCAGCAGGUAGUCAAUGCGAUCAAGAAUGGCAGUUCAUGGGAGGACACGGUGCUCAUCAUUAACUACGACGAGACAGGCGGUUUCUGGGACCACUACCCUCCCCCUGUGGCGCCCAUUGGUACCCUCGACGAAUGGAUCAAUGUGGACGGUGCAGCCCCCAUUGGACCAGGCUACCGAGUGCCAGCCUUCAUUGUCUCACCAUGGAGCAGUGGCAGUGUGGUAUUCACUGAACCAUCAGAUCAUACUUCAGUGAUCAUGUUCAUCGAGCAGUGGGCAAUGGCCAAUGGAUAUUCACCAGAGGAUGUUAUGUGCCCUUAUGUGUCGACAUAUAGAAGGAACCACAUGUCAGAUUUAACUCGUUCGUUGGACUUCUCACAGGCCAACCUAAGUGUGCCCGACACAACUCCAAUGCCCAUGCCAUCACGUGACCCUAGUGGCUCUUGGGACCCAACCGAGGAGUGUGAGGCGGUCCCAGGACCUUUCCCCACGAUCCCAUAUGGUAAUCAAACAUUCCCAGUUGUCGAACCAGGCUUCAAGUUGGUACGAGGUAACAAUCCAGGUCUUGGUCGUACAUAUGUCUUCCAAUCUGGCGCACAGGCCUUGAUCCAAAAUGGAAAAUCAAUUGCCUUUGGUCCACCCUCACCAACCAUGACCAAUCCAGUUCAAUACUUCACAAUGACAAUGGCCAGCAACAAUAAUGAUGACAUUGGAGACAACAUUGGAUACAGGAUCGUAGCAAACAAUGGUCGAUGUUUGAGUGGUGCUGGACAAUUGGUGAAAUGUGAUCAAAAUGCAGACAACUGGUUCUUGUUGGAUCUUGGAAAUAGUGAAGGUUUUGUAUUCUACAACAUCCCAAAAGGAGAGUAUCUUCAAUAUGCGGGUACUUCAUUCUUCCUAUCCAAUCAAAUCGCGACAACAUUUGCUGUUUACUCUGUCUGA